AUGUACUAUAUCCUCUACCUGACCAGCCUCUGCCGCCGCCGCAACUGGCCCGAACCAAUCUACAACGCCUAUACAAGCAACAGCGGAUACACAUGCACCGUGCGCGUCAACAACCGCGAGUACCGAACAGACGGUAUCUGCAGCAACGAGACGCUGGCCCGCGAGAGCGCCGCCAUGCGCGCCUACCUCAUCUGCCGCAAUUUCUCCGUCAACGACGGCAUGUACCCCGUGGGACAUGAGCACGGCGGCGCAGUGCAGGGAUGCGUGUUGCGAUUGGCGUGGGACGGAAACCUGCUCAUGGUGGAUUUAUUUGUUGUUGCGAGUGGUGGUUAG